AUGGACUUCAUAGACCCCAUCCUGUCCCUGGCCUCAGAGAUCUACGGCCUGGUGGAGAAGGUGAAGGCCAACAAGAAGCGCUGCCACCGAGUUUCGAAGCGAGUCCAAGCCCUGGAGGACCUGGUGAAGUCCAUCAAAAAGAGAGGAGAGGGGAAAGUCUCCCCUGAUGUGGAGAAAGUUCUCCGGGAACUCUGCAUCACCCUGAAGUCGGCUCAUGAGCUCAUCAGGAAAUACACCACGGCCAGCUGGAUGGAGCGCAUCGUGAAAUCGGGCAGCCACCAAGACGAGUUCGACAGCGUGAAUGAACGGCUGAACGACGCUUUCCAGGUGCUGUCAGGAGCGCUGCAGGUGGAGCAGAGCAACAUCCUGUGCAAGAUGUUUGAGGCGACCUCCAGAGAGAAAGAGGACGAGGUGGACGGGAAGGAGGACGACACAGAGAUGAAGAAAAGUGAGAGAAAAUGAUGCUAACUGAAACUGAAAUGUACUUUAAAAUGCUUGGAUGAGUAGGAUUAUAAAACAUGUUUAGAUAAAAUCACUUCAGGAGCUCCAGACGCCGUGUAGGACUUCCAACAGUCCUCCUGUACAUGUACGCUCUCAUUAAGAGUCCAUUCAAACAGGGGUAACUAAAAUGAAAUGUGGGUGUAUGUUAGUUGGAUUAUUAGAGGGAUAUUAAUUAAUUUAGUCAAACACACCGUAACACCGAGUUAGACCCCCCCUCCAGAGAUGAAUGUUGACGACCGCUUGCUUCUCUAGUUAUACCAACUUUAGUAACGACCACAGGAAAGAAAUACAGAGAGCCACGCCCUCAACCAAAACGCCACUCUAUAGCCACAAAUAAUGCUCAGAACAGCACCUAACUUCAUCAACAGAACAUAUAGGGUCACAGACAUAGUACUAGACACCAAACAUCUUUUUAGCUUUGACUCAUUUCUUUCAAAUAUGAUCAUAAAUGUUCUUCCUUGAGCUGCGUCACCCCGCUGUAGUCCCUAAUGGACUGGCCUGAGGUCUCUCUACAAACAAGCGUCUGCUGGAAGAGAGUAGGUGAGUUGUGUUUAGUCUCUUUGCUAAAGAAAUGAGUCAAAGUUAAGUCAAGUCAAGUCAAGUUUAUUUGUAUAGCACAUUUCAGCAGCAGGGCAAUUCAAGGUGCUUUACAUGAAACAAGCAGGCAAAACAUUCAACACAAUUUGAAAAGUAAAAACAGCGUAAAAGACAUUUAACAAAUUAAAAGUUACAUUCAAAGCUAAAAUAAGGUUGGAGAUAAAAGAAGACAAAAAGAUGUUUGGUGUCUAGUACUAUGUCUGUGACCCUAUAUGUCCUGUUGAUGAAGUUAGGUGCUGUUCUGAGCAUUAUUUGUGGCUAUAGAGUGGCUUUUUGGUUGGGGGCGUGGCUCUCUGUAUUUCUAUCCUGCGGUCGUUACUAAAGUUGGUAUAACUAGAGAAGCAAGCGGUCGACAACAUUCAUCUCUGGAGGGGGGGGUCUAACUCGGUGUUACGGUGUGUUUGACCCUAUAUUAAUUGUACGCUGCAAUAUCCCUUGAACAGGUUCAGGUGUGUGACAAGCUCUCGAGAUUUCAAAUGUGGGAAUAUCAGUCGGGCUUUUCUUUCAUAAAUCUUUCUUCUCUGAGGUUGAGGUGGGAGACAAAGCACAAAAACACACAGAAGCUCUGAAUCUGUUCACCCUCUGGUACAGGAACACUCUUACGGUCUUUAUCGGUAUCUGGAUGUGUGACCUAACCUGGUUCUGUUUGGCCCCUCAGUGCUGCAGGAUUACAUGAAUGAACAGCAGGAGAAAACCAACAAGAUGCUGGAAGACUUCCAACAACUCAAAACCAACGUGGAAAAGGUUGUGGAGAUGUGUGAGUAUCCAUCAGGAUGAGAUAUUUAGAAACACCACCAGGUUUGUUUGGAUUAUGUGCUGAAGGAAACUGAUGCUCAUUUCAUCAGAGUGUGUUUAAUCUGCACCAGUUCUGGUUAAAUUUACCCUGUAAAGCUUAACUAAGUGACGUUUCAUGACUGACUUUCCUCCUGAAGCUGGUCCAGCUGCUGACGGUGGACACGGUGAGUCUGGCUGCUGUGGUUGACGUGUUGAACUCUCCAUUUCCUGCUUCUUCUCAAACACACUCGGUGGCUGCUGUGUUGAUAACUGAGCAGCUGCAGAACCUUCGUGCAAGAGUUUGGUGUGUUGCAGUGAAAUAUCCCAAGAGUUAGUCUCUUUGGUGCAAGAUUAUAACCCUCAGUUUCCACCGCAUCUAGAACGGCGGCGAUUUUCCCACCCGCCAAUUCCUACCGGAUCCGUUUGUGAGGCAAAUUUGUGGUGGAUUUUGGACAGUGGUAAUCGUGAGAACUCACAAGAACCCGCAGAUUCAAUCAGGCGAUGACAAGUUGUCUCUAUAACGACAGACAAGUAGACAUAUAAGCAGUAGAUUGUGUCCUUCCAGAGGAGGAAAUCUACUUCUAGACUUCUAGAAUCAGCAUCUCCUCAUCCAUGGUGUCAUCGGGGUGAAAUGACGUCUAAAAACCUUUCACUUGUUCGUCUCCGCCCGUUUGCAUGGUGUGAAAUACGUAAUAUUUACUUUUUUAUACUUUUCAAAAUGUUUUGAAAAGAAGCUGGAUGUUUCAUUUUGUGUCUGUGCCCGACUUCCUUUCCAGCACGGGUUAAUCUGUGCUGAAUUUAUCCGCCAUGCUCCGGCGUCCAGAAAAAAUAGAACUCUUGCGAUCAGCUACCGAGUCUGCUGAACCGCAACGUAACGGAAAGAAGCCGGAUACAGCCUUUUCGGAGCCGUUCCGGAUGUGGUGGAUUUUGGGGCUAAUGUGCACCGAGGUCUGCAGAGUCCGGCAAACAAACUCCCCAACCUUUCAGGCCUUCCUGGCCGCGCCUUUACCUUCGGUCAGCUUCCCUUCCCUCCUUCUGAUGCUCAAAUAAUUCAUUCCUCGUUUUCCGAAAUUUCAAACGAUGAAGAACCGGAAGCUUAAUUUCUCAAACAUCACGUCGUCUUCGGUCCCUCCAUACAGCCUCCGUUCCUGCAGUCGGUGUGUUUGCUUUCACUCUGCACACCUGCGGCUGCUCUUGACUCCAGGAGGUAACAAACUGUGUGUUGGUUUUGCUGCCUCCAUGUCUGCUCAGGGUUCAUGGACUGGGUCCUUCAUGAAUCUGCUCACAGCCGUGUUGUUAGUGAUAAAUAUUUAUUUUAACCUAAACCCAGAAACAGUCCGUGAUCGUGUGUUUGUCUUCUGCUGACAGUGAACAAACCCAGCGCCACAGAUGUGGCCAUCCGAAUGAUCAAACCCGACGAGCUCAAGUACCAGUAUCCCAAAGAGCCCUUCAUGACCACGCCGACCUCUGAGGUCUACAAAGGGGAGUACCACGGGUUCAAGGUGGCCAUCAAGAGAUACACCGAGCCCGUGAGCCCCACCCCCAGGUCUGUGACUCUUAUAGAUUCAUCCGUGAGUUGGUCCUCGUGGGUUUUUCUUUUACCUUAGUUCUGCCUGCAGGUGUGAAGUCUAGAUUUGUUUCUCACUCCAUCUGGAAAAGAGGGAUCGUGUCUUUUUAGUUUGAAUCUCUUUUUUUGGACUUUUUGGGAGCCUUUUCUCAGUCGGUGUCGAGGUAGUUGGUGUUGCAUGCUGUAAAAGUCGGUGAACUCUGUGUUUUUGGGGUUCAGAGGAAAAUUGGCUUGACCGGACUAAACUGAGAAACAAACCAGGUCAGUUCCAGAGCUGCUUUUUGGAUGGUGAGAUCUCACGUGUCCACUGUGAGCGCCUCAGAUUGAAGAGGUUAAAAAAAGAUGUGGUUAGUGACUCCAUCAUCAUGCCAGGGUAAUCUGAAGAGUUGGAAUGAUGGUUGACGAAAGUCCGUCCCUCCUCCUGUCACAUCGUCACUGAACAGGUUUGGAGGAAGGGGGCGUGCAGAGCGAUUUAAACCAUCCAAUAAGCAGCUCUGACCGAGGAUGGUAGAAACGUGUGUCCAUCAGUGUUUGUAACUUUGCAGAAGUGUCGACUCAACAACAGUCACCGACUCUUCAGGCAGCGACUGGUCCGCUCUGCAGAGGUGAGAAAAUCCACUUUCAAGUCUUCAAACCGAGCUCCACCUUUACAGCUGCAACACUGAACAACACUCAAGGGCAUAAAUGUGACAUUUAAGAUAAACAUAUAUAUUUACCAAUGAGGAAUGAAGCGGGGUGGGGGGCUGACUUUGAGUGAGUUUCUGAUAUGUUUUUCUGCUGCUGGGACUGCGACCACAGUCAAACCUCCUUUCACACAUGAACUCCUGAUCAAUUCUGGACAAUGUCUGGACAUUCAGGUCCUGAGAUUUCCCAGAACUUCUUCUCAUGCACUUCUACUUUCCUCAAACGGAGAUGGUUAAAGGUAUGGGGUGUAGAAAUUCUCCCUUGCUCACCCCUCCCGUUGGUGAAGCGCCGUGGCCUUUUGAGGAUAAGACGUUCCUGUCCCGCAUGAUUAGUAUGAUCCUCCAUUUGUCACGUUUUUACCAUCAUCACAUGGAAGGGCAUGUUUUUCUUGCACUCCCUCCUCAGCAGCCGUUCAUCAAAUACCAAAAGUUCAACGAAGUUCACGUGUAAGAGGACGAGGAGUCUUUGGUGAAAAUGAGCUUGUAUCAGUUGCAUGUCUCCGAUGAGGGUUUUAGCCUCAGUGGAUGCUGGGAACUGUUGGGGAGCCGGCACGCAAGCUAGGCUACAGUUUUCUGCAUCACCGGCGGAAUAAAUCGUGUAACAUAGCUGAUUUUGAGGGGCAUUUAUCUCGGUUGAAGUUUUUGCUCUGCAGAGAAUUUCAAUCACACUUUGUCAUCAGAGGGCUGAUGUACAAAAACACGCCCUCCUGCUUGUUUGUUCUCCAGCAGCUAACCCCGAAUUUUCACUGCAUCCGGAGCCUCUCCGAUCCGGAAUGCCAAUUCCUACCGCAUCCGUUUGUGAGGCGAAUUUCGUGGCGGAUUUCGGACAGCAGGAAUCACAUAAGAACCUGUGGAUUCAAGUGCAAUCACGCAAUAACUAGUUGUCUUUAGCCACAGAGGCUAACCAUAUAAGCAGUAGAUUGUGUCCUUCCAGAGGAGGAAAUCUACUUCUAGACUUCUAGAAUCAGCAUCUCCUCAUCCAUGGUGUCAUCGGGGUGAAAUGACGUCUAAAAACCUUUCACUUGUUCGUCUCCGCCCGUUUGCAUGGUGUGAAAUACGAUCCUCCUGAAACAGGGAGUGUUUUAUUUUGAAAAGAAGCCAGAUGUUUUAUUUUGUGUCUGUGCCCGACUUCCUUUCCAGCACGGGUUAAUCUGUGCAGAAUUUAAUCGCCAUGCUCCGGCGUCCAGAAAAAAAUAGAACUCUUGCGAUCAGCUGAGGAGUCAUCAUCACCCUGCUGCAUCCACACAUCAUUUUACCCCGAACUCACACAGACUUUUCACUGAGAGCUGUCUGGAUCUAAAGGAUUUGAAGGUUUGCAUUCACACAUGCAGCUCUCCUGGGAAAUAUCUGAACAUUUUCAGGAGUGCACUGUGUGUGAACGGAGCUUCAGAAUCAAACUCUGCCUCUCUCUGCUGUAACCAGAAUGAAAAGUGAAUAUUUGAAGAUGAGUCAGCAGUAAAUCAUCUGAAUGCUUCGUCAGCUUUGUCAUCAUAUGUGCACAAACAUGUACAAACUACACUUUGUGCUUUACGUGCAGAAAUGUUUGAUUUCCUCGGCUCACGUGAACUUCUUCUCCUCUCACAGGGAGGUGCGCUCUGUCUUUAAUAAGGAAGUGGAAACAAUGAAGCGGUUUGAGUCUCCUAACAUCCUCCGAAUGUUUGGCAUCUGCGUCCAGGACGAGGAGGGUGAGAAGAGCGAGUAUGUCGAUUAAAAACAUGAUGAAUAUGGUCGCAUUAAAGCCUGAGUUUGUGUCCAAAUGUCAGGACCCAAGCCUCAGUUCCUCAUCAUCAUGGAGUACUGUGAGAAGGGGAGUCUGCGCGAGGUUCUGGACUCCACCUGCAGACUGUCCUGGACCAGGAAGGCUCGCAUGUGUCUGGACGCAGCAAAAGGACUCUACAGGUCAGUCUGUGAUGAUUACUUUUGAAGUCUGCAUCAGGGUCCUUGUACCUCAACACCCCUCUGGGUUCUGGCUCCUCUUACCUCAUAGACACCGAAGACUAAAACAAGUCUGGGUUCAGAACUUGAGGGACCCUCUCUCUGGAGUAGAUGAUGAGAAUGAUGAUCAUUGUCUGCUCGUUUCAGGCUGCACCAGACUGAGAAGAAGUCCAAGGUCCAUGGAUGCAUCAACAGCAGCAAGUUCCUGGUGGCGGAAGGUUACAUAGUCAAGGUACUGAGCACAAUGCAUGCUGGUUGCAAGCGCUCAUUUAAGGGAUGUUCCGGCGUAAAGUUAAUUUAGGGUCAAACCCACCGUAACACCGAGUUAGACACCCCCUCCAGAGAUGAAUGUUGCCAACCGCUUGCUUCUCUAGUUAUACCAACUUUAGUAACGACCGCAGGAUAGAAAUACAGAGAGCCACGCCCUCAACCAAAACGCCACUCUAUAGCCACAAAUAAUGCUCAGAACAGCACCUAACUUCAUCAACAGUACAUAUAGGGUCACAGACAUAGUACUAGACACCAAAGAUCUUUUUAACUUUGACUCAUUUCUUUAGCAAAGAGAAUAAACACAACUCACCUACUCUCUUCCAACAGACGCUUGUUUGUAGCGAGACCUCAGGCCAUUCCAUUACGGACUACAGCGGGGUGACGCAGCUCAAGGAAGAACAUUUAUGAUCAUUUCUUGAUCAUUUCCUUGAAGUAAUAAUCAUCAUGUUAUCACAGACAGCAGUAGGGCGGCAGUAGCUCAGGAGGUAGAGCAGUCAUCCAACAACUGGAAGGUUGGCGGUUCGAUGCCCCCCUAUAUAGGGUUUGUCCCUUGUGUCCUUGGGCAAGACACUUAACCUACCUUCCUCCCAGUGUGUGUUCUCCACUGGUGUAUGAUUGUGAGUGUUGUGUGGUGGUAGUCGGAGAGGCCGUAGGUGCAAACUGGCCACAACGUUUCUGUCAGUCUGCCCCAGGUCAGCUGUGACUACUAAGGUAGUUUACAACCACCAGGGUGAGACUGUGUGAGUGAAUGCAUGAUGUAUCAAAUGUAAAGCGCUAUAUGAAAUCUAAUGCAUUAUUAUGUUAAUCAUUUUACUCUGCAGACGUGGUAGUUCUUCUGUCUUAGCGUCUCGGUUUGAUUGUAUUUCCAUGAAGAAAUGAUCAUAAAUGUUCUUCCUUGAGCUGCGGCACCCCGCUGUAGUCCAUAAUGAACUGGCCUGGAUAGGUGCAUUAUUUGUGGCUAUAGAGUGGCGUUUUGGUUGAGUGCGUGGCUCUCUGUAUUUCUAUCCUGCGGUCGUUACUAAAGUUGGUAUAACUAGAGAAGCAAGCGGUCGACAACAUUCAUCUCUGGAGGGGGGGUCUAACUCGGUGCUACGGUGGGUUUGACUCUAACUUAAUUUUACGACGGAAUAUCCCUUUAAGGAGCGACACCAGGGCAAUGGGCUGGGAAUCUUGCAGAUCCUUGGCUCUGGUUUUUGUUGGCAAAAGGAGUAACCGUUGAUAUUUACCAGGUUGUCAGAGCAGAACUUGUGGUUUUUAGGAUUUGGGAGAGUAAACAAGGUCAUAACACUGUCGUUGUCGUUGUCUUUCUUCCAGCUGGGAGGUUUCGAGUUGGCGAAAACAGAGACGUCCCUGAAAAGGUCAGCAAAGGACAAAGAGAGCCGGUCGGUGUGUUACUCGUCCCCACAGAUGCUCAGCGACAUCAACCACGUCUACAGCAAAGAGUGUGAGAUGUACAGGUCAGAAUCCCGGAUGUUGACGAGUUAUGAGGCUGUGAUCCACAGUAGAAGUGAAACAACAUGAACUUUGGUAGAUUUCAAAAUGUCUCAUCUCAACAUCUUUGUCUCUCAGCUUCGGGAUCGUCUUGUGGGAAGUCAUGACCCGCAAGAAACCUUUUGACGGUGAGUAUCGGCAGACACACAGAUCCACAUCAGGAAAUUGAUAAAAGGUUAGCGUUUGGCCACAGGGGGCGCCAAAAUCCACACAACAACAAAGUUUCUCACAGGAACUUAAGGUCUGAUGAACAUUUUAAAACUGUAAUACACCAGAUAAUUAUCAAUUUGUGGGGGUUUUUUUAUAUAUAGGUUGGAGCAGCAAGCAGAUUUAUCAGAAAGUGUGCAAAGAGCAGUACAUGGAGCCGCUCCCUGACGACUGUCCUCAAGAGCUGGGAAGUCUGAUCAUCGACUGUCGGGCUUACGACAGCUUCAAGAGACCGUCUGCUGGAUGUAAAACACCAUCACUUAGAUCUGGUCAUUGAGUAAAUUCAGACCAGCUUCAUUUUCAUGAUGCGCUCAAUAGUUAUGAAUAAUAAAACUGUGGCUGUCUUUUGUCUCCUGCAGUGCUGGUGGAUAAACUGCGCAGCGUGGUGGCUCAGCUGGAGGAGCAGGACAACUAA